AUGGAAACAAAUUCUUCCGAAGAUUACCACAAAAAAAGGCAACAUCGCAAGCAGCACAAACCCAUCUCCCAGGGAGAUAGAGGUAGGGACACCAUAAGCAAGGCCCUUUCCCAGAUAUCCAAGUCACCCUCCACGAGGCAAAUCGAGAGGGUCGAGUUGCCUAAACGCUUCGCGCAACCCUCCUUCACCAUUUACAACGGGAGGACCAAUCCCAAAGAGCACGUUAGCCACUUCAAUCUAAAGAUGACCAUAUACACCAAAAAUGAGGCUUUAAUGUGCAAGGUGUUUCCCUUCAGCCUCGGUUCAAUGGCAAUGAGAUGGUUCGAUGGACUACAUGAAAGGUCUAUUGAUUCCUAUGAGGAGCUCACUAGAGCUUUUAAUGCAAGGUUCGUUACGUGCAAUAGGGUGCCGAGGACAUUGGACUCCCUACUAAUGCUAUCAAUGAGAGAGGGAGAAACCUUGAAGACCUACUCGGAUAUGUAUUGGGAAUUGUACAACGAAUUGGAUGGGGACUUUGAGGACGUUAUGGUAUGCACUUUCAAGAACGGGCUACCCGUCGAGUUCAACCUAUGGGAGUCCCUCACUCGGAGACCAGUUCGGACCAUGAAACAAUUGAUGGACCGGAUAGAUGAGCAUAAGAGGGUAGAAGAUGACCGAGCAAAAAUUAAGGGAAAGGCAAAGGGCUUCCAUGACCAGAAGGAUAGCCUCUUCAAUAAGACAAGGAGAAAUUGGCCCAAGGCAAACUUCUGCAAUUAG